UGAUGUAAACUCGUGUUGUUUUGUAAUAAAUAGUGUUCUGUUAGUGAUCAACUUUCCGGGUGAUAAUUCAAUGAAAAUUGCCUUCAGAUUAUUUAAGUGUGAAUUAGUUUUAGGUAAAUUCAUUAGAAUGUCUUCAACUUGUAGUGAUCAUUCGCCCUCUUCGGGUUCGACUGCUCUUCUCCAAAUGGAUUCUGAGUCGGAUAAAAUAUCUUUACAAUUUACUUAUCGUCGUAAUUCAACCGAAAAGCUUUUCUCUUUAUAUCGGUCUAAAGAUGAAACAUUAUCGGUAGCAUUUUCCAGGCUACGUCUUAAUUUGGACAAAUUUAUUAAUCCGAAUGCCAAAAGGACGAAGUGGACCAAGCAGGCUAAAAAAGUCAAGCCUGAUCCAUCAACUUUAAUUGACGAUCAGGCUUCGCCAGAUGGACUCAUAGAAAUUAAACUUUACAACGAAGGUAAAUUGGUUGAUGCAAACACUCCUCAUUAUCAAGCCUGGUCAGACAAUUCAAUUUUAAUGGUUGGAGAUCAAAGUUACAAGAUAUUGCUAAAUAGCCCUACGGUGGAAACGUUGAAAUUAUCCAAUAAGCUGUUGACAAAUUUUAUGGUUUAUCCAGUUAUCGGACUGAAAUAUGCGACAAUUGAUGAUUGUGCCUUUUCUUGGUAUCGCGUCAAAUCUUCGAAUAAAGAAUUCAUCUCCAAUUGCUAUAUCUAUUAUCCUACCGAACAAGAUCUUGAUCACCAAUUAAUGGUGAAAGUAACACCCAAAGAUGGUAAAUCAGUAGGCCUGGAAAACUCAUUCAUUUCAGAAGAUCUAGUUGAACAUGGACCGACUGAUUGUCCUUUCCAGGAUAGACAUAAACUGACGUCAACUAAAACAAACCCAGGAUCAUUUCGCAUCGUUACAUACAAUAUACUAGCGGAUUAUUAUACGAGUAUGAAAACAACGCCUACUGAAAUCUUCCCUUAUUGUGCUCCAGAAUUUCUCAAAUUUAGUUAUCGGAAACCUUUAUUGUUACAAGAAAUAAUUGGUUAUAAUGCUGAUAUAAUUUGCUUACAAGAAGUAGACAGAAAAUUUUUCGCCAAUGAAUUAACUCAUGUUCUAUGUCAGUUUGACGAUAUGGAAGGAUUUUUCAUUCGUAAAGCUGGCCGUGAAAUUCAAGUUCCUGAAGGAGUUGUGAUUUACUUUCGUAAAAGCAAAUUUAAACGAUUAGAAGAUUCAAGCCACGAUUUAACUGAUCUUUGUUUAAAUGAUAAAAACUUGGAUCAUUUUGCAAAAGCUGUUCAACGUAAUAACAAAUUAGUUGAAAGACUGUCUGAUCGUAAUACAAUUGUUCAAUAUGUUUUACUGGAAAGCUUUGAUAUUCCUGGAAAAGGUUUACUGAUUGUAAAUACUCAUCUCUAUUCAAACCCUGAUGCUGAUCAUAUUAGACUUCUCCAAGGUGCAAUUAUAGUUGUUCAUAUAGAAAACAUGAUUCGUGAAUAUUCAUUGAAGUAUCCACAUCUAAAAAUAUCACCCAUCUUUACCGGAGACUUCAACAGUGAUCCAGCUAAUGGUGUUUAUAAACUGUACACAAAUGGUUACAUUGGAUCUGAUUAUAUUGACUGGAAAAGUGUUGCUGAUGAAGCAAUCGAAGGACUGGAAGUCAAGCAUUCCUUAAAACUAACAAGUGCUUAUGGUGCUCCUGAGUUUACUAAUUUUACUGUAAAUUAUGUUGGUUGUUUGGAUUACAUUUUCUUCGAUAAUCAAAGUAUCGAAAUAGAUUCUCUGGUUCCUUUACCAUCUCGAGAUAUCGUUUCUGCUCAUAAAGCCAUUCCAAGUUCGGUCUUUCCAUCAGAUCAUCUUGCUCUAGUUACUGUUUUAAAAUGGAAAUAACAAAACUAAAAGCUUAGUCAAUGUAAAUAAAUUAAAUUAAAUUUACCUCGCCCAUUGAGUGAGAUAACGGAAUCAUGAUUUUCAA